GAUGUUGUUUUAUUUUUCUUACCAGCAGAUGUCCUUGCAUUUUUCCUAAUAUGCAAACAGGGAUCAGACUACACAGAGGAUCAAACUCCAGUGUGAUGAGGCCUGCUCCUGACAAUUGACGUUACCAGUUUCCCUUCCUGAGAUGCUGAGCUCUGCCUCCCUCCAGAACUUGCAGUGGACAGCUUAGCUUCAAUGGUUGGCCCAUGGUACUCUUUCUUUUUUCAGUUCUCAUAACUGUCUGUAAGAAAGAGGAAUAAGAGCCUGACUAACAUAACUAAGAUGCAUCUGCAAAGUGAAGACAAAAAUCCUGCCCGUGUCAGUCUUCUUGUGAGAUUGAACAUUGUUUGUGGAGAGGUUUAUGAACUGGAUGUGCUGAAGCAUGAAUAAUAGCAGUGUGUUGUGCAGUGUGACUCAUACAGAGGACAAGGAAGUCACGGUAAGAUGUCUCCUCAUCCUGCCCAGCAGCGACACCUAACUGUUCUGAGUGCUCCAAGCCCAGGCACCAAGAGAAGGGGGCUGGAAACCAUGGCUGGGCCAUCUAUGGAAGUAGCCACCUGCUUGUUAAAGUUUAUGCUCCUAGGAAAUACGCCAAAGUGUAUUGCCGAUGCUGGAGACCGCAGAAGGAUCUAAUGUGGGCCAACAGGCAAGAUCACAGGAGAAACCAGGGCUGUUUCCUCUCAGGAGGGCCUGAGGACAUUAACAUAGAAGAUGUGCGAGGAAGAGGACAGCACUGCCCUUGUUUGUGACAACGGCUCGGGGCUUUGUAAAGCUGGCUUUGCUGGGGAUGAUGCUCCAAGAGCAGUUUUCCCUUCCAUUGUAGGUCGUCCCAGGCACCAGGGCGUGAUGGUUGGCAUGGGUCAAAAAGACAGCUAUGUAGGCGAUGAGGCUCAAAGCAAGAGAGGAAUCCUGACCUUGAAGUACCCCAUAGAACAUGGCAUCAUUACAAACUGGGAUGACAUGGAGAAGAUCUGGCAUCACUCUUUCUAUAAUGAGCUCCGUGUUGCACCUGAAGAACAUCCGACUCUGCUGACUGAAGCACCGCUGAAUCCCAAAGCCAAUCGAGAGAAAAUGACCCAGAUCAUGUUUGAGACUUUCAAUGUACCGGCCAUGUACGUAGCUAUUCAAGCAGUUCUGUCCCUCUACGCUUCUGGACGUACCACAGGGAUUGUGCUCGACUCUGGGGAUGGUGUCACCCACAAUGUGCCAAUUUACGAAGGCUAUGCCUUGCCGCAUGCCAUCAUGCGUCUGGAUCUGGCAGGCCGUGAUCUGACAGACUACCUCAUGAAAAUCCUGACAGAACGUGGCUAUUCCUUUGUGACCACUGCGGAGCGUGAAAUUGUCCGUGACAUCAAGGAAAAGCUGUGUUACGUGGCCCUGGACUUUGAAAAUGAGAUGGCCACUGCUGCCUCGUCCUCCUCUCUGGAAAAAAGCUAUGAGCUUCCUGAUGGUCAGGUGAUCACUAUUGGAAAUGAACGCUUCCGCUGCCCAGAGACCCUCUUCCAGCCGUCUUUCAUUGGCAUGGAGUCUGCUGGCAUUCAUGAAACUACUUACAACAGCAUCAUGAAGUGCGACAUAGAUAUCAGAAAGGAUCUUUAUGCCAACAAUGUGCUGUCUGGAGGCACUACAAUGUACCCAGGCAUUGCUGACCGGAUGCAGAAGGAAAUAACUGCUCUUGCUCCCAGCACUAUGAAGAUCAAGAUUAUUGCUCCUCCUGAACGUAAAUACUCCGUCUGGAUUGGAGGUUCUAUUCUUGCCUCCCUGUCUACUUUCCAGCAGAUGUGGAUCAGCAAACAGGAAUAUGAUGAAGCAGGCCCAUCCAUUGUUCACCGCAAAUGCUUUUAAAUUGCUUGAUACGUCUGUUUAGUGUAUUACUGUGAAUGUAUUCAGGAAAAUACAUUCUUAUAACUUCAUUCCAUAAAUCCUUCAUCAUAAUGACUCUGAUUAAUUGGAUACUAUGUAUUUUUUGAAUAAAUUUUAAAUAUGCUACAAAAUUGCUGCUCCUAUUUUACAAAAGAGACAUGCAGGUGGAGACUCCAUUACAAAUGGUGUAAAGCUCCAUCUUGUGGCAUGAAUUUGUUACUACACUAUGCUGGGCUUCAUAGAAAAAGUGGUAUGUUUUGUUCAAUGAUAUGAAUGUUAGAAAACGCUCAGCUAUCGCUAAACAUUCUUGUCUGAAAACAGACCCAAUCUUGAUUUUUCCAAAGUUCUGGGCAGCAUCAAAGGUGCAGAGCAGCUGACUGAUAUCAAGAUGAGCACAUGCACCCUGCUUUGCACCUGGUCUAUCCAGAAAUAAUUAUGUAUCCACAUCACUUCUUAAUUCACAGCUGUCACGCUGGAAAAGCCAAUUCUUUUAGUGUAAGUGUCGCCCAGAGGUGUAUGAUGCAUAUUACAGCAGUUCAGUGCUUCCUCUUUAAAGAAACGAAACCUGCUCCUUCAGGGGUAUGACCAUGCUCUGCCAUUAGACUGAACACAUGACUUGGUUAUUAUAUGCCCUCAGGGUGAGUGCAGACCUAUUAUUUUUAAUGUUGUGAUUUCUGGCAAGGCCUAAAGCAUAAUUAAGCUGGCUUAAUAUAUUUUCUCUUUUGAACUAUUUUUUUGGGGUAAUGUAAUCAAAGCAGACAGAUAGAUAAAAUGAUUUUAGACUAUUUUCUUUUUCUGUGAUUUUCUGAUUCCGUUAAUUACCUUAACACAUUGAAACUGAUGCUAAACUAGAAAUACAUGUGUAGAAGCUGAAGCCACUAUUACUGUCUUAAAAGUAUAUAUAAAUAAAGAAUUCACUGAGAGGGAGCUGAAGAAGUCCAGUUCUAAGGAAAUUGCUGCAAUCUACAUUCAUUAGAAUUCAGGAUCCAGGCUGCUAUUUAUUUUUUGGUACCCACUUUCCUUUCCUCAGACCCAACAGUUUACCUCACUUGCCUGUUCCUCCUUAUCUUUCAGACUGUAAGGUCUCUGCAACAGCACCUCUUACUUACCAUGUCUGCAUAACUCCUAGGUUCCAGAUCUUGUCCAACUUCUGAGGGUUAGUAUAUGUUCCAAACGUCUUCACACUAACCUUAUUUAAUGUACAUGUCAUUUAGGUUAUCAGAGCAGAUUCUGAAUAAACUCUUAUAAGAGCAAA